AAAAAGAGCAGCAAGGUACGAAAGCCCUAGAAUCGAAAAAGGAAUUAGUAAAGGAGUGCAUAAAGGAAAGAGAGAGAGAGAGAGAGAGAGAGAGAAUGGGGGAAUGGUCAGGAAGGGAAAAGAGCAAAAAAGAGAAAGAAGGGACUAGAAGAGGUGAGAAAAGGAGGGACGCAGAUGAAAACAGGAGAGGAGCAAGAAAGGAUGACAGCGGACCAAAUUAUAGAAGAAAGAAGAAAGAGAGAAGCAGAAGAGAGGGGGGAAAGGAUAAGGGAAUGCAAGUAUAAUAUACACUACAGAAACAUAGCCAAAGAAAAAUUACCAAAGUACUUAGAAGGGAGGAUGAAGUGGAAGGACGGAAGAAUACUAGCAAGAUUCAGAUGCGGAAACGAGACCAAAGCAAGGGAAUACUGGAAAAAAGAGGGGGGAAAAAGAUGCAGGCUAUGCAGAAGGAAAGAAGCAGAUCUAAGACGUGUAAUAGAAGAAUGUGAAAUAACGGGAGGACCAAAGGACAUAGGAAAAACGCUAAACGAGACUGGAGAAGGUUUAACAGAACUGGAAGCAAUAAUAGAGAAGAGAAGGAGAAACGACAAGGAGGAGGCACAACAAGGAGGCUAAGGACCAAAGUGGCAGUAGUUUUUUUAGUCAUUAGUUGAUAAUUUAUAGUUCCUAAUGUUUAGUUUUUAGAGGUAGAAUAAGCAAGGUAGUGCAAUAGAAUAGAGUGGA